AUGAAAUUUGAGGAAUUUGAUGCGAAGGAAGAAGAUGAAGAAUUUCAAAAAUUUUUGCAAGAGGCAACAACGAAAAAAAGCGAAUCAAAAAAUGAACAAAAAGAAUUUGAACGAAUCGCUAUAACUCCUGAGCCAGCAUUUUGUUUGAAAACAAAAACAAUUGCGACGUCGAAUGAAAAUACUGGUGAAAAAGUGUUUAUCAAUGUGUGUACAUCAACAAAAAUUCAAGCACCACGUGACAUAAGCGAACAUGAAUUGAUUGAAAUUGUAAAAUCAGAAGAUCCAGGACGAUAUCGUGUGCCGAUUAGUCUCGGAGAACCCGUCGCUGAUAUUGACAAAAAUGGUCAUGGUUGUUCAAUUUUUACAGUUAUUAUACAUCCAGAUUAUUUGAAAAAAGCUCGUCAAAGUUCUACAUUUAUGAAUUUUUUAUUAACAUUAGUUUAUGAAGGUCUUGAAAAUAAAUUUCCAAUGUUUAAACUUGAAACAGGUUAG